AUGUCGAUAGCGAUUCCCUGUCGACCGAAAAAAACAUUCACUCUCUUUGUUAUGGAUGUGCCUGAAGAUUUACCCGUCGAAGACAUUAGGCAUGCAUUAUACAAGUUCGAUUCUGUAGUUGAAGUAGUACGUCUUCAUUACCAAACUCAACAAUUAAUGUCAAACGAAAAAAUUCAAGAAGUUAGAACUGAAGUUGCUGAGAAAACAGACCGCCGAGAAUCAACUACGUCGGUAAUUCGAAUAACAUUAGCUUCAAUGGAUGAAUAUAAUAUACUACUGCAAAAUGGACUAAACUUUUACGAUGCGACCUUUUUUCCAACAGAAGCAAAUCUUCAAAUGAAGGAUGUAAAAAUUGACUAUAAAAGACGAAUUUUCGAUGGAAAUAAGAGUAGUCGAGUGCGUGAAUUGCUUCCUGUUUUCGAUGCCACUGGAUUUUGUAAAUUGCCACCACCAUCAAGUAAACUUAUUAAACCAACAAGAAGUAUAAAAUAAUAUAUUCCAAUAAAAACACUACACUACUAUGAUUUACGAAA